AUGUACUACAAGUCACUCUACCCUGACCUGCCAAAGGUCCCAGAAUCAAACGCUCACCACCUGCUCUUCAACCGACCUGACCAGAAAGAGUGGCCAGAUUACACUUUGUUCAUAAAUGUGGCUACUGGUCAGCAACGUUCGUUCCGAGAAUUUAUCGAGCGUGUCCGUGAUGGGGCAACUGCGCUGGGUGCUGAUGUGGCACACGGUGGUCUUGGUCUUCGCCCAGAGAAUGGAGAGCUCGUAGGCAUACUAAGCGAGAACUGCCCGGAUUAUGUUGCGCUGAUGCAUUCGCUACUAGUUAUCACAGUCCCGUUUGCGCUAUUCCCAUCCUCCAUGACGCAGUACGAGUUCAAACACGCCAAUUCACUCGCGCAGGCGACUAGGAUUUUUGCUAGUCCCUCGUUACUGCCACUCGCUUUGUCCUCAGGUCUCCCAGCAGAUCGGAUCCACAUCCUAGAAGGAGAUAAUGAAGGUUACACGAGCUAUGAUCAGCUCGUCGCCUCUGCUCGCAAUGAUAAAAUAUCACGGCUGCCAGUCCGUCAUGCUACCAAGGACACUUUGGCUUACCUGAUCUAUUCCAGUGGAACAAACGCCGUCAUGACAUCUCACGGAAAUAUCAUUUCCGUCGCUCUCGCAACGAUGCGAAUGGUAUGGAACACCCCCACUGGGCUUCGGGUAACCUUCAACAUCCUUCCAGUCUAUCACACUCUCGGCCUAUGCACGACCACUUUCAUCAACUUCCUCGAACCUGCCACGAUUGUCAUGCUCCCGAAGUGGAACAUCGAUUUAUUCUUCGACAGUAUCUCAAACUCGUCCACCAUCCACGCUUCAAAACCUGCCGAUAUGAGCUCGGUUCAGACCCUCGCCAGCGGUGCCGCAUACCUCCCGCCUCAGCUCGCCGACCAGGUUUCCGCGCGCUUCCCAGGCCAGGAAAGAUUCACCGAAGGCUACGGCCUAUCUGAAUUCACAAUGACCGCCGCCAUGAAGCCCGUCCCUGGCCUGCUCAAUGGACGCGCCAAGAACAAGCCUGGCUCUAUCGGAAUUCUCUACCCCGGUGUCGAAGCCCGCAUUGUCCGUCCUGAUGGGUCCCUUGCGGGUCUGAACGAGCCAGGUGAGAUCCUCGUCCGCGGAGCCACCGUGGCGCUGGGAUACAAGGGAAACGACAAGGCCACACGGGAAACGUUUAUCGAUGGGUGGUUACGCACGGGCGACCAGAUGCGGAUUGAUGAGGACGGGGUGCUUUUCUUCGAGGACCGUACCAAGGCAAAUUGCACCAUCCACCCACCACUUAUUUUGUGUUGUACUUACCAUUCAUUGCAGGACACCCUCAAAAUUUCAGGAAUGCAAGUCUCCCCUGUCGAAAUCGAGAACACGCUCCUCGAGCAGCCGGACAAGCUAAUCAUCGAUGCGAGCGUCGCGGGCGUUUCUGGCGGGCGUACCUCGGACGAACGCAUCCCGCGUGCAUGGAUUGUGCUAUCCCCGGCAGGCGCAGCGCUUGGUGAAAAAGAAGUUGUGGCACGGCUCAAUGGGUGGGUGAAGGAGCGACUGAGUCGGUAUAAGUGGUUAAGGGGGGGCAUUGGAAUUGUGGAGAUGAUUCCAAAGUCACCGACUGGGAAGGUGUUGAGGCGGGUAUUGAUGGAGGAGUAUGAAAGGGAGGUUAAGGCGAAGGCGAAACUGUGA